AUGUCAUCUUCUUCACAUGAAAUUGUACUUACUAGCUCUCCUGACGGCCUCAUUACAGCCUAUGAUGCCUCCUCGGGCGCCAUUCUAGCCCGCUUCACCGGCAGCCGAUCGCCUCGUCAAGGCCUCGCCCUUGCCGGGAACGCUUUCAUCGCUGCCUCUCAUAUCUCCUCCGCCACCGCUUCCGGCUCCGUCCACCUGUACAACUGGUGGUCUUCAACCGUCUUCCACUACCUUCCUCUCCCCGAACCUGUUGCUCCCCUCACCGCUACGCCUGAUGGCUCGUACGUCUUUGUCGGUGGCCUUUCGGGCAAUAUCCACGCAUUGUCCCUCCCCUUAGGGAACGUAUUCAAAUCACUCCCUGCUCAUGAAAAGCCCGUCUCCUGCCUCAAAAUCACCGACGACGGAUCUCUUUUGAUUUCGGGCGGCGACGAUGGUACAAUUGUUGCCAUACCAAUCUUCAGACUCGUCGAGGCCUCAUCAGCAAACGAAAACGGAUUAUCAGUCAAUCUCAUAUUGCAUCGCUUUGCCGCGCAUGCUGAUUCUGUCACUGGCCUUGCUUUAUACAACACCACGCUAAUUUCUUGCUCGUUGGAUUCCACAUGCAAGUUUUGGAAUCUUCUACACGGGACGCACCUACGGACGGUGGCAUUCCCAUGCACAAUUUUCGGAGUUGCAGUAAACCCAACUGAGACAGAGUUUUACGCGGCAGGAUCAGAUGGUUUUGUUUACAAGGGAUUAACGUUAAUCAAGGUUGGAAGUAGCGGCCGUGAAGUGGUGAAAUGGGCUCAAAAGCAUGAUGGGGCAGUCAUGUCUUUGAUGACGAUGAAUGAGGGGCGGGAUGUGGUGUCGGCUGCGGAAGACGGAAGUGUGUGGAUUCGGGAGGUGGCGACAGGACAUGUCAUUAUGGCUCUGAAAAACGAGACGGAGAGCAUCAGUGAUAUGGUGGUGGCCACGGGGAUUAGUAGUGGGAAAGGGAAAGGUGUCAAUGAAUUAUCCGGUGGGAAUUAUUGGAGUAGUCUUGGUUUAUCUGGUAGAGAGUUGAGUUUUCCCGUUAAGCAGACGCUUGAAAUGGAAGAUAUAUUGAGUGUGGCGGCAAACGAUAGAAGCAGAGCCAUUGACAUGCUUGAAUCUGGUAUCAAAGUGUACGAGAGGCUCUUGGAACUCAUUCUCAAAGAAGCAAAGCAAGGUAGUGGCAACGAUGGCGAGUAAGAGAAUUGAAAGAUGGCAUGUGAACUGCACUAGCUAGCUGAGUUUCAUAGUAAGUAAGAGAAAGAUUAUGGCAUGUAGCUAAGUUUGUUAUCCAAACAAAUAAGAAUAAGUG